GGAGUAACGGGCUGCGCAGAAGGCGCUGACUAUCAACAGAGAGCCGACCUGCUGCAGUUGUGUGAGGGCGCCGCUGGGUGAGUCCCUCUCUCCGCCGCUCCUGUCUCCACAGCUCCCUUUUCCCAAAGAAAAGAAGAGGAGAACUAGGUCCGGGGAGGAGGGCCGCCGCCAUUAUCGGAAAGCUGACAGAAAUACCACUUUCACACACGCAGUCCCGCUCGUAAAUUGACCGGGACAUGUUCGGUCGGUGUGGCGCUGGGAGCGGAUUUCUGACCGAACAGCAGCGUCGAUCGCGGCGAACUCUCCGUUGUCUCGUGUGCGCGGCCGGCCCAGCGUUAUGUGGGCACAACAAUGGACUAGAAUAAUUAUUGAAAAAGCAACGUGGUGAAGCCAGAAGCGGACGACUUAGCGGAUUCUCUUUCAUGUGUAUAUAGAUAGAUAUAUACACACGCCUGAGUCUCGCAGGAGGAAAAGCGUUGCGGGAGCAAAAGAAGGGGGUAAAAAAUCGGAUUGUUCUGUUGUUGGGGAUAUUUAUUUCUCCCCCAUGAACGUGUUUAAAUUGCAGCGAGCCACAGACAUGCAAAACACGGGAAUCCAGACAUGGGUGGUGGAUAUUUAAUAGAAAUGACCUCGGCGCACAUGCUGCCGUGAUAUCGGCGUUUAUCUGCGAGUAUCUGCGAGCCGUGGUUUAUUCUGCGGCUUUUGCUUCUGCACAUCAGGCGGCGAGGGCUGCGGCAAGGGCUGGCCUGACAGAUGCAGGAGGAGAAAGGGAGAACUGCGAUGGAUCUGAUUCAUACCAGGAAUGAAUGAAUGAACCCCCCGCUAAACUCACUGCACUGUUAUUUAUCAUUACUGAAGUUCAUCAGACGGAUACGAUAUCUGAUCUUGCCUGUGGAUCAGCAACUUUAUGGACAGACAUUCUUGUGAACUCCUUUCUAUAGUGCCUGUUUAUGGCAGGAUGAGUGGCAGCAGGCUAUGAUGGCGAAAAAGCAAGAUGCACGAUCGCCCAUUUACAACCUCAUUGUGGUGGGUUUGUCCGGAACAGAGAAAGAGAAGGGGCAGUGUGGAGUUGGCAAGUCCUGCUUGUGUAAUAGAUUCGUGCGACCGAGUGCAGAUGACUUCUACCUGGAUCACACAUCCGUUUUAAGCACCAGUGACUUUGGGGGUCGUGUGGUUAACAAUGACCACUUUCUAUUUUGGGGCGAGGUGGCACGGGUUCUGGAGGAGGGGCCUGAGUGCAGGAUGCAUGUUGUGGAGCAAACCGAGUUCAUUGAUGACCAGACAUUUCAGCCACAUCGUAGCACUGCUAUGCAGCCCUAUAUCAAACGAGCAGCUGCAACGAAGCUGGCCUCAGCAGAAAAGCUCAUGUACUUCUGUACAGAUCAGCUGGGACUGGAGCAAGAUUUUGAGCAAAAACAAAUGCCAGAGGGCAAACUGCAGGUGGAUGGGUUCCUGCUUUGUGUUGAUGUGAGUCGCGGCAUGAACCGCAACUUUGAUGACCAGCUGAAAUUUGUCACAAACUUGUACGGUCAGCUCAGCAAGACUAAAAAGCCCAUUGUUUUGGUUCUCACCAAAUGUGAUGAAGGAGUUGAGCGCUACAUCAAAGACGCACAUACGUUUGCUAUCACAAAAAAGAGUCUGCCUGUGGUUGAGACAUCUGCUCGCUCAAACAUAAAUGUGGAUCUUGCCUUCCUGACUUUGGUUCAGCUUAUUGACAAAGGCAGAGGCAAACCUAAGAUCAUUCCUUAUUUUGAAGCUCUAAAGCUUCAGAGUCAGCAGAUUGCCUCUGCCAAGGAUCGCUAUGAAUGGUUAAUCAACCGUAUCGUAAAGAAUCACAAUGAAACCUGGCUAAACACCAGUCGGCGCAUGAACACCUCGCCAGAGUACAAAGAAUAUGUCUUCUUGGAGGGAACUGCAAAAUGCAAGAAGCUUUUUCAGCAGCAUGUCUACCGUUUGAAGCAGGAGCACAUUGAGAGGCGUCGCAAAAUAUACUUGAGCACUCUCCCUUUAGCACUUAGCUCUUUGGUGCCUGACCUGGAUGAGAUCGAUCAGCUGAGUUGGUCUGGAGUGCAAAAAGUCCUGGAGUCAAAACAGCACUUUGCACACUGGUUUGUGGUUCUGGAGGACUCACCAUGGGAGGAUACAUCUCAUAUUGAUAACAUGGAAGAUGAGCGAAUCCCCUCUGACUUGUUGGAGACUGAUGAGGCAGAGGACAUUUUCAAUGCCCAUCUGGAACAUCUGCGUAAUGAGUGCAGACGAGCAGAGUUGAGGCAGGAGUUCAAGCAUAAGUUAGCGUCUUCGCCAUUUGUCACACCUGGUAAACCUUGGGAGGAGGCGCGCAGCUUCAUCAUGAAUGAAGAGUUCUACCAGUGGCUAGAGGAGCCAGAGUACUUGGACCUGUACAAUCGCCAUCAGAAGGAGAUCAUUGAUCGUGCUAAAGAAGACUUCCAGGAGUUGCUACUGGAGUACUCUGAGCUUUUUUAUGAGCUUGAAGUGGAUGCCAAGCCCAGUAAAGAGAAAAUGGGGGCAAUUCAGGAGGUUUUGGGAGAGGAACAGAGGUUCAAGGCACUGCAAAAGCUUCCUGCUGAAAGAGAUGCACUGGUACUGAAGCAUAUCCAUUUUGUCUAUCACCCCACUAAAGAGACCUGUCCCAGCAGUCCUCACUGUGGCGACUCUAAGAUCGAACAACUCUUAGUUUCUCGUUUCCCCACAUGUUACCCUUUUUUCGAUGUGAAGGCUCAUUUCGGGGACACUAAAGCUGACAGAAUCAAUCUGGUCAUACUGGGGAAAGAUGGACUGGCCAGAGAAUUUGCCAAUGAGAUUAGGGCUCUCUGCACAAAUGACGACUGGUAUGUGUUAGAUGGGAAGAUGUAUGAACUGACGCUGCGGCCUAUUGAGGGAAACGUACGUCUUCCAGUAAAUUCCUUCCACACACCUACAUUCACCCCUCAUGGCUGUCUGUGUCUGUAUAACUCAAAGGAGUCACUUUCCUAUGUGAUCGAAAGCCUUGAGCGACUUCGGGAAUCAACUCUAGGUCGAAGGGACAGCCAGUUGGCACAGCUGCCAACAUCACUGCUUUUAGUCACUAAAAGAGGUGUAGGAUCAUAUGUUGAUAUUGGUGGAGACACCGCCUUAAACUUAAUAACGCAGGGACAGCAGGUAGCAAGAAGACUGCAGUGUAGCUUUUUAGACCCUGCCUCCCCUGGCGUGGGCUACGGCCACAAUGUGAAUGAAACCCAAAUCAACCAGGUGCUGAGGAGCCUCCUUGACAUUAGGAGAAGCACAUCUUUCAGUAGCAGCUCGCCACCUCUCCUCCCUGAACCUCCUGGCCUCCGAGAUUCUCCUCAUCAACCAGUCCCAGAGGCUGACCUUCGCAUUGUCAUGUGCUUAAUGUGCGGAGACUCGUAUGACAUUGAGCAGCUCCUUUCCCCUUUCCUAAUGCAUCAGCACUGCAGACCCAUGUCUAAUAGUGGAACCUCUGUGCUGCUGGAGCAGACAGUUGGCGGACACAAGCUGGCUAUAGAGCUCUCUCUGCUCUCAUACCACGCCUCCUUCACUUUGAGGAAGACCAGGUUAGUGCACGGCUACAUAGCCGUGUACUCAGUCUCCCGAAAAGCCUCUCUCGAGACUCUGUGCGCAUUCUUGUGUGAGGUUCAAGACAUCAUCCCAAUUCAACUGUUGGCAGUCGGAGAUAGCCAGGCUGAGCUCACUGACAGUGAUUAUGCCUGCGAACAGCUGAUCCAAGGGGAGGAACUAGCCCAUGAGAUUGAGGGUCGUUUUAAUAGUGUGGUUUGUGGAUCCGGGGGAGUGGUGGGAGGCCUUCACAGGAUAGAAAUGUUCCAUUCUUUUCUGAUGGAGGUGGUAGAGAAGCGCAACAUUGUGGAGGCCACACACAUGUACGAUAAUGUUGCUGAAGCGUGCACAAAUGAAAAUGUGUACUCCCCACGCUGCAGUUCUCCCAGUCCUGUCACCAUGUUCCUGGAUUCAGAGGAUGAUGUUGAGCCAUCACCGCCAUACUAUGACGGCACACUCACAUCUCACAGUGGGGGCUUCAACCUGCCUGACUUAGACUCCAGUGACAUUUCUGUUAUAUCUGACAUCAGAGACUUUGAGAACAAACUCAAUAACAAAAUACCUCCCCAAGUGAGAGUCAAGCCGGGUGUCACGUUUGACUUCCGGAAGGUGAGCCGAAACCCAUAUAUUGACACUCUUGGUCAUCGUCGCUCCUUGCCCUCUGCCGUUACCUGGGUUCCUGGUGGAGAUGUGGGCUACGACCCUUCAGACUACGCUGAACCCAUCGAUGCUGUUUCAAAACCCCGUCCCAGCAAUGAAGAGAUCAUCUACUCCGUGCCACACGACAGCACACAAGGCAAGAUCAUUACCAUUCGCAACUCGAACAGGAUGCACUCCAAUGGAAACGGUUCAGACAGCGAAGCCGACAGCAGCUCUCUGGAGCGGAGGAGGAAAUUCUCUGCAGUGGGAGUGAAGCCUCGCCUUUACCGUGACCGCUCCAAGAGGCUCGGAAAGUUCAGCAGCUUUCGCACAAGUUUCAUAGGCAGUGAUGAUGAAAUGGGAGCUCUUCAAAAGUCCAAAGAGGAUGACUUUGGAACCCUGAAAGGAGAAAGUCUUGUCAAUGAGGAAAGCGAGGAUCCAAAGAAGAGAAAUAUUCUGAAGAGUCUUCGACGGACAGCCAAGAAAACAAGACCAAAGCACCGUCCAGCUAUUCCCAAGCCCGUCGAGAGCAAUUACUUCGGGGUCCCCUUGGUUAAUGUUGUAUCUCCAGACAGACCAAUCCCGCUCUUCAUUGAGAAAUGUGUCCGCUUCAUUGAGACAACAGGGCUGAAUACAGAGGGUUUGUACCGUGUAAGUGGCAACAAGUCGGAGAUGGAAAGCAUGCAGAGGCAAUUUGAGCAGGACCAUGGAUUAGACCUCGUGGAGAAAGACUUCUCCAUAAACACUGUGGCUGGAGCCCUCAAAAGCUUCUUCUCUGAGCUGCCUGAGCCCCUGGUGCCUUGUGCUCUGCAGGUGGACCUAUUGGAUGCUUUCAAAAUCAGUGACAGAGAACAGAGGCUGUAUACCAUGAAGGAUGUCCUGCGGAGGUUCCCCCGAGAGAACUAUGAUGUCUUCAAAUAUGUAGUGAGCCACUUACACAAGGUGAGCCAGCUGAGCAGGUUGAACUUGAUGACCAGUGAAAAUCUGUCCAUCUGUUUCUGGCCCACCCUCAUGAGGCCAGACUUCUCCACCAUGGAUGCCCUGACUGCCACUCGCACCUACCAGACAAUCAUUGAGACCUUCAUCCACCAGUGUGCAUUCUUCUUCUACAACCAGCCCCUCCUCGACUCCCCCACGGGCCUGGCGGGCCUGCCUGCCUCACCCACCACCACCCUCAGCGGGAGCUCUGCCUACUCUUGCUACCGCUCCUCCCCCCCACACACCACCCCGCAUUUCAGCCCCCUGCAGCAGUCCCCGCCCACCACCCCGCAGUCCCCCCUGCAGUCUCUGCUCCCUCCCCUCCACCAGCACCCCCACUCCCACCAUUCCCCCGCUGAACAAGAGACACUGUGAGAGACAAUGAAACCAUGUGUGCCCAUGAUGAUGCUGGACCUUAUCGCCAACACACACACACAUGCACACACACAGACACACACACACACACACACACACACACACACACACACACACACACACACACGCAAGACAGGUGCACUCGCACACUACAUUUUUGAUCAUGGACAACCUAGGUUAUGAAGACAGAAUAUAGGAAGUGUCUCGGAAACCAACCUGCUGUUUGUGUUCGUCGUCGUGUGCGUCAGGGCAGGAUAUCAUUAUCAGUGAAGCUCUCUCUGCCCUCCAAGCCUCUGAUCGCCUGGAAUUGGAUGUCAGGUCAGAAGUGGAGGACAGGGGUCACUGUCACAGCAAGCCUCUCGUCUGUUAACAGCAACCACUUAAUCCUACGCUACUAAGAAAUAGAAACCUCUACGUCAAGCUGGAAGAAAUUUGUGGCCACCAUGUUUUUAUCGUGUGUAAAACUCUUUUUUUUUUUUGGUUUUGUUUUGAAAGUACUGCCACUGGAUUUAUGGACUGGUCCUCUGUAGGUCCUUUGGGCAGCAGCGUGCUCGGCAUUGCAGAGGUUCCUUUGUCUGCCUUUUGGGUUUCACUCAUUGGCUCUACUUGAGGGCUCAGCAUGGGGAAGGAAUGGAAGAGGACCGGGGUAACACAUCCAGGGAUGCACUUUAUUGAUCACUGUUGGGUUUGUUUUGUUUUGUUUUUCCCUCAAAAGGAUUUCUUUUGGGGGGGGGCUAUUUUAUUUUCUUGUGUGUUUUUAAUUUCACAGCUCAAACAGCCAUAUCCAUUGCCUCUUCAGAGCUCUGGCAGAUCAAACUUUGUUUACAUCAAACUUGUUUUGUAUCCACAAACGUAUCUGAAGCACUUUUUGAUAGUGUAGUGUUAAAUAUGAAGAAGAAAUGCCACAUUGAUUAUUUGUCCAUAUUGUUUGUUUAGUGGUUGAGUGUGGCAUCAGUGCAGGCUUGUGUGACAAGACCCUUUUUUGUAAAAACUUAGUCUUUCAAGUGGAUUUAGGGGUCUCAUUUGAGGUUGGUGGGAAAUUUGGAUCCACUCUUUUUCCUCAUUCAUCCAGCCAUGUGAAGAAUAGUUUUAUUUGUCUUCUUUCUAGCUAUUGUUUGAUCCCGAUGGAUGUUUAGGGAUGUUUGAUUUUAUUAGGCCACUCACAUCAGAGGAGACUUUGCCUGUUAUCAGUCAAGUGAAGGAGAAAUGUUGCCAUUUUGAAUGUGUAACCUAGUUCACACCAUAACAACAAAUUUACAUGAUCAUCUGGUGUCCAUGGAAACCAAACGCUUGAAACAUGAUAGGUUGCUGGAUGUGUUGCUGUGGCUGUCUAUCAAACCAAGCUCUUUGUAUUCAUGUAAUAUUAAGGACCUUUAACUCAGAAGGUUUAGUAUUCUCAAUGCACUGUUGCCGCUAGUCCUGCUUAUACAUUACAAUGAACCAGUAGAAGUGAAACAUUUGUGGAUGGGACACAUUCAGGAGACACCGGUGCCCGCUAACCUGCUCUAGUUGAUUAGUUUAGUGCUGCCAUCUUGUCCUCUCUUUUUCAUUGAAAACAUGCAGCACAUUUUUCAGUGAUCGCACUGGUGUUGAAGGCCUGAUAACUUCAACCAUGGGACUUUAGAGAGGAAAGCACGGGACCAUUCAAUGAAGAAGUUCUGGGGGAUCGUGGCUCUUGUCGUUGCUCUCGAAUGCAAAAAUGGAAGAGAAUAGGCAACUCGUCGGUUGUAUUUGGGAUAUUCGAUUACCGGUACUUUUGAAAUUGCGACGCCGUUGGGAGUCAGUCAUCUUAUGUGUCGAUCAGGCUGAUAUAAGGGCUCCUCUCAACCCGCUCGACAUUUGAAGCUGUAAAACAUUAAAACUGGCACAGAACCAACCAAGUAACUGGCCCCCAUUAUAACACAAUUCCUGGGAGUAUAUAAUGUUACCACGCCACUUGACUUCUGACACCACCUUGGCAAACCUGCCGCUCAAUGAGCAAAAAGUGAGUGCAUACUACUCUAUAAUGGUUGUUUAUUUGUAUGUUGGAGAACUCCACCCUUUAGUCAAUGGUAGAAAACAUUUCUAGUGUGUAUUUCAAUGAUUGAAAGUCCAUUUUUACAAUUUUUGUGAAUGGUUCAAGGCCACUUAAGUUUAGUGCAUGAUUUAAAAGAAAAAGAAGAAAAAAAAAUAAAACCACACCACGGAGAAGGAUGAACGUCUCCUCCUGUUUUAAAACAUGAAAUUAGUAUAUGAGAAUAAAAUCCAAUGCUAAAGUGAAAUAGCUGAAAAGUGAAAGUUUAUGUACUGUGUGCCAGGAGCAAACCAUUGAAUUGGUCUGACUGAGAAUAGUGUUUGAAGAUGAAGGCCUUAUGUGAACUGUAUAAUAGUUAAUAAAUUAAAUCUUGUAAAAUUGUC